GUUUGGCUCAGGUGUUGGCUGUUGUUCAAGCGGGCAUCAUGGCUGAAGCAAGACAACCCAUUCAUCUUCUAGAUGUUUGCAAUCAAAAAUUCUCAGAAUUCGUGUUCAAUGCUGAACACAAGUGCUUGAUGUGGUUGAGAGAAAUCGAGGAAGAAGCCAUGAAGAUAUUUGAUAGUAACAACUUUAGUACCGAACCUGAACUGAUGCCCAAAACACCAUCUCAGAAGAAGUAUCGGAAAAAGAAGCGAUCUUCAUUGUUUAAGGAUGAAAAUAAAGAACUAAUUAGAAAAAGAUUAUCUAAAGGACAUGGCAGUGGAAAAACUGAAUCCUUCCAGAAGCAUUCUCCAAGAAGAGUACUGAAUAACCUCAAUGUGGGAGAUACAAUAUCUUUGCCAGAUAUUAUGACAAACUCUUCUAAGGGAAGUUCAAAAGUUCAGUCUGACAAGAUAGCUAUGGGUCCAGUAGGGGAACCACUUGUUACUGGCUGCUGUAAAAAUGGUGUAGAAGAAAAAAGAAAUGAGGUCAUGAAUGGAAUUCCUGAACUUUUUAUUGUGCAUUCAGAUGAUCAUUUAGCUGAUAUUUCAAGGAUCACUGAGAUUCCCACCAUGUCAGAGAGUCCUGUAAUGAUAGUCCCAGACAUCACUGAUCCAAUAAAGGCAGAAAAAAAUGGGAUUAAACCAAGAUUACCAAGUACACCCACUCCAAAAGAAUCUUUAAAUGGGAAGCACACAUCUGGAAAAGAGAUUCCACCCCAAGAAUUAGUUAAUAAUAAUUUAGAUCCAGAAGGAGAACUCUCCCAAGGCCUGAAAGAAAGUUCUGCUGCCUCCACGGGGCCUUUGUCGGCCCAUCGUCAUCUAAGUAGACCACACAAAACUCCAAGGAUCUCACUGGUGGAGAAAUACUCACUCAGCAAUAAAAGAAAAAGCACAGUUCGAAAAUCCAUUAGCAGGACAAUUGCCAGGAAGCAAGCAUCUCAGGACUCAUCAUCUGCUUCAAGUCGAGUAAGCUGCCAUAGUUCCACUGAAGUAGUUUUGAAUGAUGAAAAUCACAAACAUGGGCCUUUGACACAGAAUGCUGAAUUAGGAGAGCCUCUGAACAGUCUGCAAAAAGAGUCCUGUGCUCUGGAUGCACCUAGUCUAGUUAGCACCCCUAAGCGCAAUCCAACACAAUUUGAGAGGCACCAAGAUAAGACUUGCAGUAAAGACCGACUUGAGACUACAAUUACUGACUCCCACAUCAGUAAUUCUGAAGAUUUAGCCAGGAACAACAGUCCCCCUGAACAAAUGCAGAACAUCCGGAAGCAAAGUUAUAGACAAGCAGUGGAGGACCCACCUGCUCCUUCAUGCAUGGAAGAUAAAAAUUCUAGUCCUUUCAGUCAUACAGCCACACCCAUUUCUGCAAAGAAAAUGCUGUCAACGUCUGGCCCGUCCAAGAUAAUACGACCUUUCAAAAACUUCUUUCAAACCAUGCAAAAGAAUCAUCUUCUCAAAUCUCCUGGGUCUUCAGGGAACAAAGUCCCCAAACAUAGUACUCCUUGUAGAUCUGCCACCAAGGAAAAGGAGCGCCAGCGUCUAGAGAGUCUUCGAAAAAAACAAGAAGCAGAGCAACAGAGAAAGCAGAAAGUGGAGGAAGAAAAGAGACGCCGGUUGGAAGAGACAAAACUAAAGCGUGAAGAGCGACUGCGAAAGGCAUUGCAAGCUCGAGAACGAGUAGAGCAGAUGGAGGAAGAAAAAAAGAAGAGAAUGGAACAGAAAUUUUCUCAGCUUGAUGAAAGAAAUGACAAGAUGCGAGAGGAGAAAACAGCAGAAGAAAAGACAAAGAAAAAAAUAUACAUAAAGAAAACCGAAGCAGAAGUCCGAAAAUCAAAACUGCCACAAAUGGAAGAAGGGCCAAAACUUCAAGAACGUCCAGAAAAAUGGAGAACAAUUGGGGAGAUUAAGAAAAUGCUGGAAAUCAAUAGUACAAGACAGGAAAAGGGGCACCAAAGGCAUCAAGAUAAAGAGAAGCUAGUGAAAGUUCAGGAACUCACUGUAGUUAGGGAAGAGGAAGAAAAUGUAAAGGAAGAAAAUCCUGCCUCAUUGACUCAGCUGCCGCAGGUCAAGACAGCUGUGCAGGUGGAAAACGUCCCUGUUGCAUGUGGGUGGCUGAAUAUAACUGCUCAGAAAUCUUAUAGUGGGACUUCCAACCGAGUGGAUGCCCAAGAUCUGAAAGAUAUGAAGUCACUCAAAGUCAAUCUGAAUGAUUAUGGAAUGGAUCUGAAUAGCGAUGACUCCACUGAUGAUGAAAGUCAGCCUCGCAAACCCAUCCCCUUGUGGGCCAAUGGGGGUCAACUUAAUGAAGCUGUUACAUACCAGUACUACAAUCCUCCAGAUGUCAACAGGUUAUUUGGUCUCAUAAUGAGCCCUAAGCUAGAGGAUAUCUUCUAUAAAAGUAAGCCAAGGUAUUUCAAGCGUACAAGUUCGGCUGUAUGGCAAUCGCCACCUCUUCCCGGUUCCAAACCAGCACUCCGGACAUCCAACAGCAUGAAAAAAUACUGAAACUAUUUCUUGUCUAACUAUAUUUAUGUUGCAUCUGUAAAUCAUUUUAGUAUUUUAUAUGUUAUAUAAUAAAGGUUGACAUGUUAUAUCUAUCUUUAGUAUUUCAGGUAAUUGUGAUAAUUUGCUUCAUAUUUUGUUCCAAGGGGUUCAUCAUGUUUCUAGCAUUUGUACUAAUGGGGAAAAAUUAACAAUAAUCACAAUCUGAUAUAUUGCUGGUUGGUCUUCUCAUGAUGCUAUGCAAUACUUAAAGGAUUCUUAACUUUGAGAACUGAUUGUUACACUAAUUGCAAGUGCUUCUACCAAGCCAUCUUGGAUGGUUUAUUUCUGUUUUCUAAUUCUGUUAUGGCUUAUGCAUAUUAAACCCAAUAUUUUAUAAUUAGAUCAAUGCAUAUAGAUUCACUUCUCUAAAAUGAUACUUUUCUCUUAUGUGACAUAGAAAAUUGCAUAGAUUCACAAAUAACUAAAAUAUUUUAUUUUGGUUAUUUUAGAAAUAAGUUCAUGGAUUUUACAUUUCAUGAUUACAGUAUUUGCCUUGUCAAAAAGAUGUAGUAUUGAUAUUUAGUUGAAAUAACCUGUAUCUACUAUUUGAUCAUUAGUGUUUGCUGUAUGUUUCAGUGUGCAAAGAGAUUGAAGAUUUUGCUGCUAGCAUCUUGAUUUGUAGAGAUGUCUUAUUUUCUUCUCUUUGUUUCAACAAUGAAGAGUUUUGCAUUCAAUGUUUUAAAUGUGGGGUAGCUUCUGCCCUCUGAGAUUUUAAUAAUCAUUCUGUUGAUUUCAUUUUUGAGGAAAUACAUUUUGGGGUUGUUUCACAAUCAAGGAGAGAAAGGAACAAUCCUUGUUACUUCAAAAUGAAAAAGCAUCCUACAUCAUGUAAAAGUCAACAUACUUAAUUAGUACCUUCUCAGCAAUUAUACAUAAAAGACACUCGUGUGAGAGGUCCAAUUCAUGUAGUACUGUAUAGGCUUAGUUCAAAAAAACAUUGAACCAAGAUAUUAUUACUUACUGUUCUAUAGGAAAGUGAACCCUGGAGUUGAUAGAAUUAAUGGGAGCAGAUUUUCAUUGUAUUUUUUUGUUGUUGUUGCAGACAGGAACAAUCUGUUUAAUCAGACUAUCUUCAUUCUUUCUGUCUUUUAAACAGUUUUGAAAUUAAUGGAUUAGAGGCAUAAAUAAUAUAUAUAUAUAUGUCUGCAUGAUA